GGAGCGGGCCGGGCCGGGCCCCGCCGCCACGUGCCGCCAUGGAGCUGGAGGAGCUGGGCAUCCGCGAAGAAUGCGGCGUGUUCGGCUGCAUCGCCUCCGGCGUGUGGCCCACCGAACUGGACGUGCCCCAUGUGAUCACGCUGGGGCUGGUGGGGCUGCAGCACAGGGGCCAAGAGAGUGCUGGAAUUGUGACAAGUGAUGGAGAGUCAUCCCAAGCAUUCAAAGUGCACAAGGGAAUGGGGCUUAUAAAUCACGUGUUCAAUGCAGACAGCCUGAAGAAGCUAUAUGUUUCAAACCUUGGUAUCGGGCACACCAGGUACUCUACCUCGGGGAUCUCUGAGCUGCAGAACUGCCAGCCUUUUGUUGUAGAAACUCUUCAUGGAAAGAUUGCUGUGGCACACAAUGGGGAACUAACAAAUGCUGUACGACUGAGGAGGAAGCUUAUGCGGCAUGGUGUAGGAUUGUCAACCAGUUCUGACAGUGAAUUGAUCACCCAGCUGCUGGCUUUCACACCUCCUCUAGAAAAUGACGACACUGCUGACUGGGUAGCAAGAAUUAAAAAUUUAAUGAAUGAAACUCCAACUUCAUAUUCAUUGCUAAUUAUGCAUAAAGACAUAAUCUAUGCAGUACGUGAUCCAUAUGGGAAUCGCCCUCUCUGCAUUGGUCGCCUUAUUCCAGUAGGGGACAUGAAUGGAAAAGGAAAAGAUAACAGUGAAACAGAAGGAUGGGUAGUCUCCUCUGAAUCCUGUAGCUUUUUAUCUAUUGGUGCUGAGUACUAUCGUGAGGUACUUCCUGGAGAGAUUGUGAAAAUAUCCAGGUAUGAUGUCCAAACAUUGGAUGUUGUACCAAGACCGGAAGGAGAUCCUUCAGCAUUCUGCAUCUUUGAAUAUGUUUAUUUUGCAAGACCAGACAGUAUCUUUGAAGGUCAAAUGGUGUAUUCAGUCAGGAGGAGAUGUGGCCAGCAACUUGCUAUUGAAGCACCUGUGGAGGCAGACCUGGUCAGCACUGUUCCAGAGUCUGCAACCCCAGCAGCUCUGGGUUAUGCUCAAAAGUGUGGACUGCCAUAUGUUGAAGUACUCUGUAAAAAUCGCUAUGUAGGAAGAACUUUUAUCCAGCCAAAUAUGAGGUUACGGCAACUUGGUGUUGCAAAGAAGUUUGGUGUUCUAUCUGACAAUUUUAAAGGCAAGCGAGUUGUUAUCAUUGAUGAUUCAAUUGUGAGGGGCAAUACUAUUUCUCCUAUAAUAAAACUACUAAGGGAAUCAGGAGCUAAAGAGGUGCACAUUCGUGUGGCUUCACCUCCCAUAAGAUUUCCGUGUUACAUGGGAAUAAACAUUCCAACAAAAGAAGAACUGAUUGCCAACAGACCUGAAUUUCAUGAUCUGGCAAACUACAUAGGGGCUGACAGUGUUGUUUAUCUUUCUGUGGAAGGGCUCGUAUCAUCUGUGCAAGAAAGCAUCAAAGCAAGAAAAGAGAAUGAGAACAGUCUUAAAACCCAGAAAUCGCGUGUUGGAAAGAUUGGUCAUUGCACAGCAUGCCUCACUGGAGAGUAUCCUGUAGAGCUAGAAUGGUGAAUUUUUAGUGGAUGGACAUUGGUUCAUCCAUUGAUGAAUGUACCUGUUUCAAAGAUGCCUUCUUGCUAGUAGCCUUCUUAUGUUUAGGUAAUAUGUAAAGCUUACCAGAGCUAACUGAUUACUGUUAUUAACUACAUCUUUAUGGUAAUGGCUUAGAUAAAGUGUGUGCUGACAAAAACUAUCUAAGCAAAUUAAAAUAUAAAAUCAUAUAGUUUUGAAGCACAGUUGUGCUUUCUAUUUUCUCAUAAAAUAUUGUAAAAACCAAAGUGUUUAUAAUUAUUUACCGGUCCCAAAGCUUUUUGUUUCAGUCUUGCCCUGAAUGUGAGAUAUCUGUGUCAGAUUUAUUCACAGAGUUGAAGUACAAAUUAUAAAUCAUAUGGUGUAAUUUCAAAUUAUCAAAAUAAUUUUUCAGUACAAGGCUUGCUUCUCUCUUUUGGAAAAAAUCUGAAGAGUCAAACUGCUUCCUCGGCAGUUUUUGCUUAGAUUUUUAAAAAACAUAUCUUACUAAAUAGCCAUUUAUAUAUAUAGCUAAAUAGCAUAUAAGCUAAAUAGCCAUUAUAAAUCAAGCCCUUUGUAACUGAGUAUCCAGAUUCCAUGAACAUAAUGUCUGGUACAUGAUUUUAAGAAUGAACACUCAGGGAGAUGCUAAGCCAAAAGCUUUCUAUCUUUGUAACUUCAAAAUUCUUUUCCGAAGUCCAACACGUAUCUUCAGGUGUUUUCCAGUGGCCAAUAGGAUGUGGAAGGAGAAAAACACCUGGCACUGCCAUUUUUUACUUUUUGUUUCACGUCUUGUUUUCUCCAGGACAAGUCCUGACAAUUUCUGCAGUCUGAAUAUUACUCAGUGUGCUCUUUCUGUGUUAGCGUCCAAACUUCACUCAAAAAUACAGUUACUUUCUUAACAGGAAGCAUGAUAUAACAACUGAAGAUUGUGUUGUUUUGGCUAGACUCUUAUUUUUACACAUCACUGCUGUUAAAAUAAAUGUAAUGUUUUAAAAGAAAGAGUUUUGAAGAACCAUUAGUAUUUAACUUUUUAAUUGUAUUAGCAUAAUAUUUCUUAAUUGGUCACAGUUAGUUACUUGUAUCCAUAACGACUGCCUCAAAAUGAACCACUAGCUGAAGGAGAAUAGCACCUUUUGAAACUACUGCAAAUGAAUGCACAAUUGUAAAAAAUAUUUUGUAUACCUGUGUUUUUUCACAAAGUACCAGCAACUUAAUUUUAGAUUAUCUAUUUAAUAUUGUGUAUUUUGGCCUUACAAUUGCAUGUGACACCACUACAAAAACAGAGAAAAAUAAAAGUUUAAGAGCUUUUUUCUUCCCCA